GUAGCUUUGAACGUACGGUGUACGGUUAUCAUAAGUACGGAUAUUAUUCAAACUCAAUUUUAAUUGUAUGCUCAUGCAUAGUAUUAUUUCUGGAAAAAAAUGUAUGUAUAUUAGCUUUCAGUUUCUGCUUAGCCAUCCAACAAUUUGUAAUGUGUUAUAAUUUUAAUUUAAUUUCAUAGUCACACUCGUUACACAGCUUCCCCAUAUUCAUGAGCUAUUUUUUUUUUUUUUUAUAUUUUAGAAUUAUUUCCCGUGCCGUAACAUUCGUUUACUAGCGGUAUUUAUUUUACAAUAUUUAUUAAAUUAUUUGAUGGAGCUUACAAUUUGUGAAAAAACAGACUCAUUUUCCCCAUGCAAUUUUACAUAAUUAUUAUAGAUGCUCCUUCUUUAAUAAUUAAUAAGUCUAACUACCGAAGUAAGAUUGAGGCUUGCCAUGCCACUGGGCUAAAUCGACUAUAUUAAAAAUAUCAAUCUAUAGAAUAGGCCUAGCCUUAACAUUUAAAUUUAUUACCGGUAUAUUUUAAUUCACACAUGUGGGCGUGGCUUAUGACUUUUGAAUGGGCUAUGGGAGAAGUAGAACAAGUAGGAACUAUUUUGCUUAUUACAAUGCCACGCCUACUGCCUACUAACAUGGACAUAGUAAAUUAAUAUGAUUAAAAUUUUAUUUGCAUUGAUAAAUGAAUCACCACGAUGCGCAUGAUCAGCACAUGUUCAUCGGGAUCAUAUAGAAUAUAGGCUAUGGCGAUCAGACAGUGCUGAAACUGAAAUGAAAGUUGAAUCUGAUUUGCUAAUCACCGCUAUCUUAUUUUUUCUAAUCUUGGUUAUUUUUUACGUUUUAAGUAACGUUACCAAUGUUAAACAAAGGUAUGGUUUGAAUUUUUUGGCCCACAUUACUCUUCUAGCCUGCUGUCUGGAUGUGUUCUAUGUCAAUGCUGAGAAACCUAAAGUAGUAAUCCACCCUUGCCAGACAACGCAAUUAAAAUGGAUGGACAAGGUGACCCAGGCCUGGCACCCACGGCUAAUACAAAUAAUGUGCACCACAACAAAGUGAAACCUCCAAGCGUCCUAGAAAAGUUGAAAUCCGACAAAGCAUAUAGGGGAAGGGUCAUACAGUCUUUAAGGCUUGCCCUAUCCAGUUUAACCUUGGUAUUUAUUAAAUUAAUAAAGUAAUUGUUUUAUUAUUUAAAAAUGACCACACACACGCUUAAUAAAGACACUAAAAUUAUAAAGCUUUUGUUAUAGUUAUAGUAUAGUUUUAUUAUUUUGAAUUUGUUGACAGUGGAAAUGUUAAACGUUUGGGCUUGGGUUAUAUAAUUGGUAAAAUUUCUUUAGAAUUUUAUCAUCAAUAAAGUUUCAAAAAAUUGAUUUUUUACAUGAGUGAAAAUGUCAAAUAAAUCCUUUGUUCUGAUGAAAAUUUUUUUGUUUAUAGGGUGUUGUUUUUGGGCAGCAAGGUCCAGCCUUUCUUGAUCUACAAAUCAUUACCAACACAGAUGUUGAAACAGCAUCAGCCUUCUUCACCUCAGCAUCAUGUGGAUACAUGGUUGGCUCUUUCAUCAGUGGUUUUGUCCACACCAAGGUAACAUAGUGCAGUAUCAGUGUGCUCUUUGGAUUUUGUAUUCUUUAAAUUACAGAAGUUGUUUUUUUUUUUUUUUCCAUUCAUCAAAAAAUUUCAAGUUCCGAGCCAGUUCAUUACUGGUAAUGCAAUGGUUUCAUAAACUAAAGCCCACUCAAAUACCCCAAAAGGUUUGUUUUGUCCACACCAAGUUAACAUAGUGCAGUAUCAUUGUUCUCUUUGGAUUUUGUAUUCUUUAAAUUACAGAAGUUUUUUUUUUUUUUUCCAUUCAUCAAAAAAUUUCAAGUUCCGAGCCAGUUCAUUACUGGUAAUGCAAUGGUUUCAUAAACUAAAGCCCACUCAAAUACCCCAAAAGGUUUCAUAAAAUAAAGCCUACUCAAAUACCCCAUAUGGUUUCAUAAAAUAAAGCCCACUCAAAUACCCCAUAUGGUUUCAUAAAAUAAAGCCCACUCAAAUACCCCAUAAGGUUUCAUAAACUAAAGCCCACUAAAAUACCCCAUAAGGUUUCAUAAAAUAAAGCCCACUCAAAUACCCCAUAAGGUUUCAUAAACUAAAGCCCACUCAAAUACCCAAUGAAUAGGUAUGAUGCCUGUUUAAAAAUUGUAAAAAAAACUUUUAAAAAGACUUUUUAAUCAAAGACGAGUUAAAACGCACUAAAAAGUUGAAAAUAAUUUACAAUUUCUUAAAAUGCAAUAGGGGCGAUGGCAUGCAUUUGAGGUGGAGGAGAAGAGUCACAUUUUUCACCUCCCAUAGAUAUCAAAUUAUGGCAUCCGUGUCAGAAACAUUUCCCUAGAACAGUUGUUCUUAACCAGGGGUGAAAGCACCCCUGAGGUGCAGAAGUCCCAAAAAAUUGUAGGUAUUUACUGCCAUUGCUAAUUGUUGGUGCCUAUUAAAAUAGAAAGAAAAGAUUUACAGCAUUACAUGUUUUCUGGUGAAUUUAGUUUUCCCAUUACUUCUUGCGACAGUAUUUUUUUAUUUUUUCUAGAAUUUCUAGUAGAAAGUUAAUUAGAAAAGUAAAACUACAAUAACUAAAUCAUCUAAUUAUUUUCAUUUAAACAAUUUUAUCGCAUUAUAAUUAUGCUCUAAGUGUUUUUCGGAAAAUGUUUUGAAAUUGAUAAGGGAUACUGUGCAGCAAUAAUUGUUUAAGAAUCCUUGCCAUAGAAAAUUUACUAGGAUCACUCCCCCCAAUCACCAACCAUUUUUUUGUUCUAUUCCUCUUCAAUUAGUAGCCUUAUUAUAUGACUUCCAUCGUCACAUUUCGACAUAAAUUCUUGCAACUGUCAAUGUCACUACACCCCGAUUUUGCUCCUCCAUGGCAUCCAGUAACUUAACGAGAGGCCAUUUUUCAGACCUUGCAUAGCUGCACUGAUUCUCUCAGUGAUUGUAGUUUUAAAACAAAAUUGUUUUAAUUGUUGUAUAAUAGAAUAAACAGAAACUCGCCCCUCUCCCCCAUAGACAGCGACGAGGCCAUGACAGGAAGUUCCGGCUCAUACCAGCGAGAAGCCAGUAUAGGAGCUGCUCAUUCCUGCCCAAGACAAUCAGGGACUGGAACAAUCUUUCAAAAGGAACGGUUGAGGCGACAACACUAGACACAUUUGUGUCUAUUGCCUCCAGCGUUCAAACCCCUAGUGCAUGAUUUCCUCAUCAACACCAGUAACAGAAACAUUGCAAAUCCCAUCUACAUGCAUAGGAGCCAAAAUGAUCAUUACAUUAAUCGUGGGCCCUUAAGAUAUAGAAGAAGUUGAGGCGACAACGCUUGACACAUUUGCGUCUAUUGCCUCAGACCUUCACAAAGUAGCCACAAAUACUGCAAAUCCCCUCUACAUGCAUAGGAGUCAAAAUAAUCAAUAUAUUUAUCGUGGGCCCUUAAUAUAUAGAAGAAUAUGAAAAAUGUCAGUAAUUUAGUGCUAUUAAGUGCAAUUGUUUUCAAUAAUGUUCCACUUUUAAUGUAAUGUCACAUUGCUUAUCCCCCUCCCCGUCACAUAAAUGUGGACCCCCUCCUCCCCGGACAUCAUUUAUGGAUGGCCCCUUAUCAUCAAUCUGAAAAAAAACAUCUCCUGUCCAAAUUUUUAAAAUAAAUUAUUCACAUUGUUUUAUUUGUAACUGUUUCACCUCAUCCUCUUUGGCUUUAAUCAUUUGCUUUAUAGCCAUGAGUGUUGCACAUACCGAAUGAUUUGGGAAUAAUCCCAGACCAUAACUGGUGUAAACUAUAAUAAAUGUUUACAGCUUUUAUGUAGUUGCUGACAAGAAGGAAAUGAUAAUUAUAAUGACAGUAAACAUAAAAUUAGAUUUUGCAUUUUUAAAAGAACUUUGUUACAUUUGAUACCGUAUUAUAUCUAGUCCUCCUGCAAUCAUAGUUAAAAUUUCUAUUCAGAUCAACAACAAUGUGCUGAUGACCAUCGUAAAUGCAGGAGCUGGUGCUGCAUCUAUUAUCACCCCUCACUGCUCACCCUAUUACCUCAUGAUCAUAAUCAGAUUUACUACCAACAUGUUCUGCGGAGGGAUUGAUACACGUGAGUGUUGCUUAUUUUUAAUAACAAACAUAAUAAUCCAUGACUUACGUUUGGAUUUAAUUCUGUAAGACGUGUGCCUAUGCUCUGUGCCAAUUUUUAUUAUAAUAAGCUGUGACUGAUUAAAAUUGACAAAACUAUGGUGUCUGCCAAUUUAAUAUUAAUUCUUGCUAAAUUCAUACUUUCAAUAAAUGCACACAAAAAAUGAUGUGCACCCUUUGGUUUCAUUUAAAAACUUGUAGUGUGUUUUAAAUCUUUUAUAAUAGGUUUUGUGUAAAAGCAAAAUUAUAAAGCAUGAAUAUUGGUUUUCUAAAGACACAAAGACUUCUCAACUAACUUUCAAAAAGUAAACAUGGCUUUGGUGUAUUGUUUAAAGAAGCCAGUUCAAUUUAGUGAAUACCGCAUUGAUUUAAAAAACACUAAAUAUGUACUUAGUUAAACUAAAAAACAUUGCUUCCAGGCUGCUAUAUAAUGUGAUUUAAUGGGAUUAUGUCACGUGACAGACAGAUAAUAUGGGUUUUAAUUCGCACAUUAACCUACAAAUAUUGUUAUCAAAGAGCUUUAAUUAAAAUUUUCUUGAUUUUUAAGCUAUUAAUUUUCUUAUUUUGUUUUUUAUACCUGAAUUCAGCUAUACAGGUAUUAGAAAAAACCCCAAAACUGAUUUUAUUUACUAUUAGCAUGAAUUUUUAUUGCCUGAUUUAUCAAACUCCUUUCUGUGCUGUGCCGGUGUAUACACAAACAAAAUUCUGUUCAAAUAUGCAAAUUUACUCCUAUCGCCUUUUUAAUUUAAAAUUAUGUUAAUUUCAUUUCAGUGGUGAAUGCUGAACAUAUGCAUAUUUGGGGGAGUGAAGGUCGUUCUUUGCUUCAACUCAUUCACUUCACCUUUGCCUUUGGAGGAGUUUUAACACCACUUUUUACUGAACCUUUCCUAGCUCCAAAAGAAAUCAAGAAUAGCAACACAGAAGCACAGAUUUUUGAAUUUAACAUGACAAGUUCAGAGCUUACUCUGAAUAUUACCUCCAAUUUAACUUCGAACACAUCCAAUAACAAUACAACAGUCUUGCUACCCCGAACGACAAAUGUUCAUUAUGCUUUUCUUAUAGGUGGCGUAAUUAGUAUACUAAUAUCCCUACAUUAUGUAGUCACGAUUUUUUGUGAGAAGAAAUCAAAGUCUUCCAGUGAUACGCAUACACAAAGUGUCCAUGACAGGAAGCUCCCUCGUCCCUUGUAUGUUUUCCUCAUACUUGUCCUGUGUUUCUUCUAUUUGGUGUACUGUUGCGUGGAGGAUACGUUUGCUUCAUUUCUCAUGACUUUUGUUGUCACAGAAUAUGAUUCUGUCUCAAAAUCAGAAGGUGCGUACAUCACAACUUUUUACUGGGGCUCAUUUGCUGUGGGAAGAUUUCUUAGCAUUUUUGUAUCAAAAUACAUCACUGCCAUGAAGGUUGUCUUCAUUUACACUUUAUUUAUGAUAGUGGCUUUUGCCGGCUUUACAAUCUCUGCUACUUUUGGCCACAUUGGUCUGCUAACAACAUUUUCCUGCAUGGCAGGUUUAUCAUUGUCAGCUGUUUUUGCUGCUGGUUUUUCAUGGACGGAGGCAGAGUUACUUAAGGUGACAGGCUGGGUUUCUUCUUUCAUUCUUAUUGGGAGUUCAAUUGGCAUGAUGAUUAACCCUCUCAUUAUUGGUUAUCUCAUGGAAAAUGUCUCCAAUAUGUGGUUCUGUUAUAUUUUAUUGGCUGAAACUUUAUUGUUGUGUUGCGUGUUUUAUUUUUUACUCUUAUUUAAUAGAUGCUAUAUCAACAAGUGUUAUGGUACAAUCGGAGAAGGACGUAGUCUGGAGAUAUAUGUUGAACCACCAAAGAAUGAAACAGAAUUGAAUUUAAUGGGAAAUGUUGACUGAGUGAGUUACCAGUGUUACCCUUUGGAUGUUUUACCAGGUACAUCAGAAAUUUACAGGCAACAUGGAUUUACCUCUUCUUUUAUCAAAUUAUUUUUGAAGAUGUGAAUGAAAGGCAAAUGAAUUGAUGAAAUGUUCACCUGAUGAAAUGUUCACCUGAUGAAAUGUUCACCUGAUGAAAUGUCCACAUGUUAUCUAAUCAUUUUAUAAUAGGGCAAAAUUAUAAACAAUUAAUUUUCUGUAAACUAUGCUUGCAUCAUUUUAGACAAUUUGUACCUCAAGCAGUGUCUAAAUAUAGAUUGUCAUGUGCCUUCAUAUGAUCCAGACAGGAUACCCAUAGCAUUCACUGUUUAAAUCUCUAUUACCAUGGUUGCAUUUGGAUGUACAUACAAAAGUCAAUGGCAUAGCCAGUUAGUGAGAGGUACAGUGGCUGCUUCCCCAGAGCUAUGUUAUGUAAGGUUGUGCAUUUUUCAAGGGCCACAAAGAUGUUUUUUUUAACAAAAGUUGCAUUAUUUAAAAAUUAUCUUUCCCUUGUGGGAAUCAUGUUUCUAUGUACAGUAUGCACACAGUACUAAUCAAAAUAUGUUUCUACGCACAUCUGGAAAUUAUAGAGUAAAUUACAUAUUGUAUUCACCCCUUAAAAAAAAUAGUUUCACAUCCUGAAAAUGGAAAGUUAAGUUUUUAAAUAAUUUCUUCUACCA